GAAAUGGCAAUGAGGUUUGCUUCAGGUUUUCUUCUAUUUCUUUUCAUGUCAUCAUCUAGCAUUGCUGUGGCCUUCCACAUUCCUGUGGUAAAUGUGACGGCCAUGCCAGCAGUAUUUCUGUUUGGUGACUCAACUUUUGAUGUGGGGACUAAUAAUUUCUUAAAUGUGAACCAAACCAUCAAAGCGAACUUCCUUUAUAAUGGAAUCGACUUUCCUUACUCAACGCCAACUGGGAGAUUUAGCAAUGGCUAUAACACAGCCGAUCAAAUAGUGAGGCUGUUGGGAUAUAAAAGGAGUACGCCAUCUUUUCUUUCUCUUCUAAACCACUCGUCCACUUUCAAGGGUAGAAUUCUCCAAGGUGUCAACUUUGCUUCAGGAGGCUCUGGUCUACUUGACAAAACUGGGAAUCAAUUUAACAAUUCGAUGUCAUUGAGAAAGCAGAUUGACCAAUUUUUAACUGUCUACGCAAACAUCACAACUAUAAUGGGUCCAGAAGAAACUGCCAAUAUGGUUUCUAAAUCACUGUUCCUCAUUAGUGUUGGAAGCAACGACGUCUUUGAUUUUCUGGAUAAUAGUACCACGUCUCCCGGGAACCUCUUGUACAACAUGUUGUCUACCUACCACGACAAUUUAAAGAGUCUAUACGAUAUUGGAGCCAGAAAAUUCGGAAUUAUCAGCAUUCCACCAAUCGGUUGCUGUCCGGCUGCACGUCUAUAUAAUAACACUGGUGGCUGCUUUGAGGAAGGAAAUGAGUUUGCUAAAAAAUUCUAUAACGCAACGGAAGAACUCCUGUAUGGAAUGAAAUCAGAACUCCCUGGAAUGACAUAUUCACUGGGAAAUUCUUAUGAAAUGACCAUGACUGUCAUUGAAAAUGCUUAUGCCUUUGGUAUCACGGACACCGCGACAGCUUGCUGUGGGGAUGGAAAGACUCAGUGUAAUCAAAAAACAAUUCCUUGUAACAAUCGCAAAGAAUACUUAUUCUGGGAUCGAUUCCAUCCAACUCAGAGGACUUCUGAAUUGGCAGCUCUAACACUUUAUGCAGGCUCUACAAGAUUUGUGACACCAUUCAAUUUCAGUAUGUUGGCCAGCAAUGAUGUCUAAGGUUUUCAUUAUUUCACUGCAGCAGAAAUCAUAACAAAGGACAUGUAAUCUUCCGUUUUCUCGUUCUCAUUCAAGUAUCAGACGGAGUAAUUUCUUUGUCAUAUAGCUAAGAAUAAUAAUAAAUAAUUGUGACAUUGUUGUAACAUAAUUGUACGAUCAUAUAUAACAAAGUUACCAAAUUGAAUAAAAAACUUAUC